AUGACUUACCCUGAUAGAAAUAGAACAAAGAAAUUAGAUUUUGUAGACACUCAAAAGCUUUCUUCUACGUUUGUUCUUUUAUGGUACAAGGAUUGUGAAAAAGAUGAGCGACAUACCUCUCCCAUAUCACUUUCAAAUACACUUUUUAAGCAUUAUUCAUCCGUUGAAUGCCUUGAAUUUCAAGUGAUAAAUGUAGUGCAUGUUUCUAUUGCAAAUAUACAACACGCAGCUGUCAUCAUCUAUAAGGGGUCUAUUACCCAAUGCUGUAAAUUUGAAACAUUGCUAGAUAACUUCAUGGACGAUUUUGGUGAUGAAAAUCCUAGCACUGAUGAAGUAAGCAAGUUUGCCCUCAAUUAUAUUGAAGGCAAUACUGACGGAAAAAGAAAACAUUCUGAUGGAGACCAAUCCUCAGAUUCAGAGAAUAUUGCACCGGUCUCAGAACAUACAGGCCUAAACGGACCUAAAUAUAAAUCGACUCCUAAAUCAAAGGUGCUGAAAAAAAAACAUGUAAAUGAAGUGUUGAAUGAAAAUUCAGAAUCAGAGUCCUUUGCAUCAUUUUAUAACAGUCAAAAAGGAUCUAAAAAAAGUGAAGCACAGAUUAUGGCUUUGGAAAAGCGGAAGCUUGACAUGCUACUUGACAAUGUUGAUGCUCCCAGAGCAUUGAUACUUCCAAUAAUUAGUGAUGUUCCUAAAACAAAACACUGUGGUUCACCGAAGUUAAGCAAACUAUCUUGUUUAGAAGCAAUUUUGAUUGAACAAAAGAAACUUCUUUUUGAACAAAAGAAGACCAACAAACUGUUGUCUGAAACUUUGCGCCCAAUAGAAAAAGAAUCUGUAAAUAAUGAUAAUGCCGUGUAUACUGGUUUUGAUGCCGAAUUUAAAUUGCACGACAUUCAAAAACGAGAACCAUGUAGCUUUGCAAAAAAAUUUAUUUUGUUGCGAUUCGGAAAGGAGUUUACUUGCACGCGUAUUUGUGAACCAAACGGACCUACUGCACGCAUUCAUAUGGAGAAUGAAGAAAUUCAGGAAGUUAAAGGUGCACUUGACAAAGUGUUUACGUCUUACAACUGGCGUGUUGUUCGGGCGAGUAUUAAUCAAUUUUUCCGAGACAAUAAAAGUAGUACAAAAGUUUGAAGACUAAACAAAUGAGUGACAUUUUUCUUGUGGUGUGGGGUUGUCAGCGUUUUUCGCUUAUCCCCCCCCCCCCCCCCGAUUCUAUCUGUAAUGUGUUUUGUAUGUUUUGUGUGUUAAAUAAAUACACCAUCUUAUUUA